AUGGAUCCCAGCAGUGGUAACGGGGGCGGUACUUCCUCAUCUGGUUUUUCUACGUUUAGUGAUAGCAAAUACCAUGAAGCCCGCAGGCGGAAACGUCAGCAGCUCCAACAACCGCAGCGGUGGUCCUACACGCUCCAGGACAUACCGGGAAUUAUCCGCAAAGCAUUCAACGAUGUGAAUACGGGCUAUGCCGCUCGUGUCGCUGCGUUUUUCGGUGUCACAACUGGGGUGUCAUUUUCGUUGUACAAGUUUUUCUUUGUCCGGCUGCAGAAUGACCGACCACUAGCAAAGCGAUCGCGUUUUGCUCCGCACGUACCCGUUACUCUGCUUGACAAAGAGCGAAUCAAAGGGACAGACAUGUUUCUUUUCCGUUUUGCCCUUCCCAACAGUUACGACUACUGCGGUUACGAGCCAAUUAGCUCUGUUCAAGUCACUACCGGCACUGUGCGGUCCAUGACUCCUGUCACCCGUUGGUUCACACCAACAAGUCAUCCCCAGCAGCGGGGUAUUAUCGAAUUUGCCGUAAAGGAGCGCGAUCCAGGGCGUAUGGCCGCCCGGCUGCGCUCACUUCAGCGGGGUGAACAGGUGUACCUUGGUCGGUGGAUGCGGGAGUUUCCCUACCAAAACAAUACCUACGGAGAGUUGGGGCUUAUUUGCACCACUUCUGGAGCUUCCAUUGCGUUGCAGCUGAUGAAUGUGAUGGAUAAGGAUAAGCAAGAUAACACGCAACUUAAGUUUCUGUAUUGCCACCACACAGCAAAGGACAUCCCAUUUCGUAGUACAUUUGAAGCGUAUGCCAAGCGCAACCCGGGAAGGAUUUCGGUGAAGUACGAUGUGAUGUCGUUAGGGCGGCCGGCAGCUGAUGAUGGAUUACAUCUCGGGGAAAACGUUUUCCUUGGCCACAUUGACCCAACCAUUGUGAGAAAAACACUUCCACCACCAGUUGUCACGAACGGAGAAACUGGUGAGCCUGUACGUCCCAAGAUUUUAAUAUGUGGCCCCCAACGAAUGUUAUUGCCUCUCUGCGGCCGCGUCAACAUGUUGGGCAACUACACAUAUUGGCAGGGGCCGUUUUACAAGUAUUGUGGCUUUCUUAAAGAUAUGGGAUACUUGCGUAAUCAGGUCUACAAGUUCGGUGUAUCGACACAUUUAACGGCCUACCAAUGA